UACGAUGCAGAUACUUGCGGCAAUACGGGAAAUAUGCAUUGGGGUGUGGGUACGAUCCCGUUCUCCUUGAUAAAGACCUAGAACUUAGAGAAGGAGAGAGGUGUAGUGCUGCAGGGGGUUAUUAAAACCUUUGCCUUGCCAGUGACACUAACCAGUAUAGGAAGUGAAAGCAGUGAAGAAUAAAGGUUUUAAGUUGGCAGCUGUUUAAAUUGAUCUCGAAAGCUUUUAGGUGUAAUUGAAAUGACUGCUGAAAUUCCAAUUUAUGACCCUGAGGUAUUGAUGAAAUACAACCUGGGUGAACGUCAUGAAACCUUGAAACAAGAUGAAACCCUCUGUGUUCGUCCACUUUACAUGUCAGACUAUGGUAGAGGCUUCUUGGAAUUGCUGAAGGAACUUACUGAAGUAGGAAAUAUCUCUGAAGAACAGUUUCAAGAACAAUUUAAGUUCAUGAAGAACAGUCAUGGAACAUACUAUUGCACUGUUAUAAUUGACACAAUCAAGGACCGUGUGGUGGGUGCUAGCACUCUGCUUAUGGAACGUAAAUUUAUUCGUGGGUGUGCUUUGAGAGCAAGGUUAGAAGAUGUCGUCGUUAGCCCGAAUUACCGUGGAAAACAGCUAGGAAAAUGCAUUGUCGAAAUACUCACGAACCUUGGAAGAGCUCUUGGAGCUUACAAAAUGACACUAGAUUGUAAAGAUUCAAUGACACCGUUUUACGAAAGCCUGGGUUACGCUAAGGAACCAGGAAACUCGAAUACUUUGAGUAUACGCUACCCAACAACGUCAAAUCCAGAACCCAAAUUAUAAAUUAUGUUCUUUCCCGAACGGCCAAGCCUCCGUUUGUUAUUGAUGUUGCAAAAUUAUUCUCGUGUUGACUAUUUAGUUGCAAAUUCAGUUAUUGGUACAUUUGAUAGAUUGAAUUUUAAAACAGUUUAAACAUUCCAGCAUGAAGGGAUUAGAAUUUUUUCAUUUCCCUGUGAUUCCAGGUCUGAACAUUCUUGCUCACUGUUAUUUCCAUGACAUUAACUAUUUGUUCAGGGGUGACGGGCUUACCAUGAAACCUUAGUUUCAAUAAAUGUGCUAGACAAUA